AUGGACGUCCGCCUGUACCCCUCGGCGCCCGCGGUGGGCGCGCGGCCCGGGGCCGAGCCCGCUGGCCUAGCGCACCUGGACUAUUACCACUGCGGCAAGUUUGAUGGUGACAGUGCCUACGUGGGGAUGAGUGACGGAAACCCAGAGCUCCUGUCAACCAGCCAGACCUAUAACAGCCAGAGCGAGAGCAACGAAGACUAUGAGAUCCCCCCAAUAACACCUCCCAACCUCCCUGAGCCACCCCUCCUGCACCUGGGGGACCACGAAGCCAGCUACCACUCACUGUGCCACGGCCUCGCUCCCAACGGUCUGCUCCCUGCCUACUCCUACCAGGCCAUGGACCUCCCAGCCAUCAUGGUGUCCAACAUGCUGGCCCAGGACAGCCACCUGCUCUCCAGCCAGCUGCCCACGAUCCAGGAGAUGGUGCACUCGGAGGUGGCGGCCUACGACGCGGGCCGGCCGGGGCCCCUGCUGGGCCGCCCUGCCGUGCUGGCCAGCCACAUGACUGCCCUCAGCCAGUCCCAGCUCAUCUCGCAGAUGGGCCUCCGGAGCGGCAUUGCCCACAGCUCCCCCUCGCCCCCAGGGAGCAAGUCAGCCACGCCCUCGCCCUCCAGUUCCACCCAGGAGGAGGAGCCAGAAGCUCACUUCAAGCUCUCAGGAGAGAAGAGACCCUCCGCUGACCCAGGGAAAAAGGCCAAGAACCCCAAGAAGAAGAAGAAGAAGGACCCGAACGAGCCGCAGAAGCCCGUGUCAGCCUACGCGCUCUUCUUCAGGGACACCCAGGCCGCCAUCAAGGGGCAGAACCCCAGCGCCACCUUCGGGGAUGUGUCCAAAAUCGUGGCCUCCAUGUGGGACAGCUUGGGAGAGGAGCAGAAGCAGGCCUACAAGAGGAAGACCGAAGCAGCAAAGAAGGAGUAUCUGAAGGCUCUGGCGGCCUACAGGGCUAGCCUGGUCUCCAAGAGCCCCCCGGAGCAGAGUGAGAGCAAGAGCACGCAGGCAAACCCGCCAGCCAAGAUGCUGCCCCCGAAGCAGCCCAUGUACGCCAUGCCAGGCCUCGCCUCCUUCCUGACGCCCUCGGACCUGCAGGCCUUCCGCAGUGGGGCCUCUCCUGCCACCCUCGCCCGGACGCUGGGCUCCAAGUCGCUGCUGCCAGGCCUCAGCGCGUCCCCACCGCCGCCACCCACCUUCCCGCUCAGCCCCUCCCUGCAUCAACAGCUGCCACUGCCUCCGCACGCACAGGGCGCCCUCCUGAGUCCCUCUGUCAGCAUGUCCCCAGCCCCCCAGCCUUCUGUCCUGCCCACCCCCAUGGCACUGCAGGUGCAGCUGGCAAUGAGCCCCUCGCCUCCAGGGCCACAGGACUUCCCUCACAUCUCCGAGUUCCCCAGCGGCUCCGGGUCCCGCUCUCCGGGCCCAUCCAACCCCCCAAGCAGUGGGGACUGGGACAGCAGUUACCAGAGCGGGGAGUGCAGCACCAGCACCUGCAGCCUGCUGCCCAGGGACAAAUCGCUCUACCUCACCUAAUCCUGCCUCCUCUCCCUGAGGCUCACUGGAAGGGCACUGCUCGGAGCCUGAAGGGCUGAGCGCAGGAAAGAGGCCUUGGCAGGAGGCGGGUGACGACCGGACAGAGCAGUGACACGCCAGUGCCCGGGGCUCAGUCUCUCCCUCAACUCCCAGCAGCCCCUGCCGCUCACCUGCUUGCUCCAGGGGAACCGCCGACCCCACCUCUCGCCCUGCACACGGACCCCUAGGUCUGGAUGUCUGGCCCCAGCCCCAGCUCACGCGGGCUGCCCCUGGCAGGGCCGCCGCCAACAGAAACCCAGCCCUGGGCGCCCGGCCCAGCCGCAGGGGUGCAGUUACGGUUUUCCGGUGUGAACUGAAGUUCCGAAAGCCUCGCUGUGGGCCCCGUGUGCGUAGCUGACUAAAUGUGUUAGAACCGUGCUGAGACAUCUGUGAGGUUAUUUUGUUGGGGGGGAAAUGUCGUUUCCUGUAUGGUCAGAAGCAUUUUCUAUGCCCCGAGCACCUUCUUUCUUAAGUUUUCUCUGAAGGGAGUGGCUGCCUAGUGUUUCGUCUACACAGCAAGCACCCGAGCUGCUGGCCGCACGUGUGGACGGUGCUCCUGGUUCCAAGCCAACGUCCAUGGAUGUGCGAUGGCCAGCCACGACUGUCGUCUAUUUCCAAGGAAAACUGGAGGCCACUGUUGUGGUUUGUCCUGACGUGCGUGUGGCCCGGGGGUCGCUUGGGUUUCGGUUCCUGGCUCUGUCCGUGGCUGUCUCCCACCCUGGCGGACAUCC